ACCAACAUCAAGUCUUUGAUUAUAUCCAAGCUUAUGCGCGCCAUUUUGAUCUGCUUAAGCACAUCAAAUUCAACAAUAAAGUAGUUGGUGUUGAGUAUGAAGGCGCAUCUGAGGCAGAGAUGCAGUCAUGGAGCUUAUGGGGUGGCACUGGUGAGCCUUUUAGCUCUACAAGGAAAUGGAAGAUCCAUGCCCAAGACACUAAAACACUGUCAACUGAGAUUUAUGAGGUGGAUUUUGUAAUCCUUUGCUUGGGGAGAUUGAGUGGAUUGCCAAACAUCCCAGAAUUCCCUCCAAACAAAGGGCCACAAGCAUUUCAUGGGAAAGUAAUUCACUCAAUGGAAUAUGCAGCAAUGGACUAUGAAAGUGCUGCUAAAUUCAUCAAAGGUAAGAAAAUCACUGUUGUUGGGUUCCAGAAAUCUGCAAUGGAAAUUGCAAUGGAGUGUGCAGUAGCAAAUGGUGUGGAAAACCCAUGUACAGUUUUAUACAGGACUGAAAACUGGGCUGUCCCCGAUUACUUUCCAUGGGGUGUCUCACUUGGAAAUUUAUGCCUUAAUCGCUUCUCAGAGCUUUUAGUUCAUAAGCCUGGUGAAGGUUUUCUGCUCAGUCUCUUAGCAACAGUGCUUUCACCAGUGAGAUGGUGUUUUUCGAAAUUUGUGGAAACUGAUAUCAGACGGAGGCUUCCUCUAGCAAAGUUUGGAAUGGUACCAAAGCAAAGCUUUUUUGAACAUAUAAAUUCUUGUUUAAUCUCAACAAUCCCAGAAAAAUUUUAUGAUAAAGUUGAAGAGGGAAGCAUCAGAUUGAAGAAAGCUCCAAGCUUCAGCUUCUGUAAAGACGGGGUUGUGAUAGAUGGAAAUGAGGCUGCUCCAAUAGAAACAGACUUGGUUAUUCUAGCAACAGGAUUCAGAGGAGAUAAAAAGCUCAAGGACAUUUUUGCAUCCCAAACCUUUAAAGAUUGCAUUUUCGGGACUCCAAAGGCAGCAAUUCCACUCUACAGGGAAUGCAUUCAUCCUUGGAUUCCACAACUAGCUGUGAUUGGAUUCUCAGAAAGUGCAUCGAACUUGUUUACCUCCGAGAUGAGAUGCCGGUGGCUAGCAGAGCUUCUAGAUGGAAAAUUCAAGCUACCAGUGAUUAAGGAGAUGGAAAGAGACGUAGAGAAAUGGGAUGCAUACUGGAAACAGUACUCUGGUGGCUACUACCGAAGAGCAUGCAUUGCCGUCAUUCACAUAUGGUAUAAUGAUCAACUCUGCAAGGACAUGGGAUUGAAUCCGAGAAGGAAGAAGGGAUUCUUUGCUGAAUUGUUUGAACCAUAUGGCCCCAUGGACUAUGUUGCAUCUUAAACUUGGCUAUUGGUUUUCCCCUGACUUUUGAUAUCUUAUGCACAUAAAAUAAAAAAGGUCCAAAUCUCAUAACCUUUUUUUUUUUUUUAAUAAUUUUUUUAUUCAAAUUAACUCUUUUUUAGGGUUAAAGCCAAUGAACUUUCCCUUACUUUGUUCAGAUUUAUCAUGAAUAAAUUUUAGUGAAUUUG